AUGCCCAUUCUCCAGAAAGUCGUCAAAGGCAUCGGCUCCGGCAUCGGUCUAGCCUCUGAAGCCAUCGCCGACCACAAGGACCGGAAAGCAACCCAAACCCAAGCAGUCUCCCCUCGUCCGUCGGGUGGUGAGGGCUCAGCAUCGACGUCUCGCACAGCAGCACGACAUGACGUGUACCCCGAGGAGAAACGGGGCAGAAAGGGGGAGAGAGAGAGAGGCCUUGACGGGAAGCACGAUUCGGAUUCAGAUUCCUCGAGUGUCAGCACCUCUGAUCUCGACAACGACCGGGCAGAAUGGGCCCUGGACGAAGCGGCGCAGCAAUUCGAGCAGCCUCCCCCGUCAUACAGAGAAACAGAAGCAUCAUCAUCAUCUCCCAACGGCCCAGCGUCCGCCGAAGAGUUCGCGACUGCCUUUCUCCGCACGCACAAAGUCGCGACCGCGACGGUCGCGUCCAAGACAUACCAACCUCUUCCAUGCCCCGUGAUCCUCCCGCAGCGGCGGCCGAAGGACAAAUCGCGCGGGUUCGUGCGAGCGUACGCGCCACUCCUCGGCUCCUGCGCCGACAUCGACCAGCAGACGUUCAUCGACUUCCUGAACGAUCUCGACCGAGCAUCCCGCGCGAGUCCCGUGUUCAACGUGAUCAACGUGGCGUGUUUCGCGGUCGGGUUCGUCCCGAGCCCGAUCGCCAUGGGCGUCUCCAUCGCCGUGCAAGCGGCCAGCCGCACCGCGCAGGAAGUGCAGACGCGGUACCGGCGAAACACGUAUCUCGACCAGAUCAACGAGACGCUCUUCAAGCCGCGCGGCCUGUACUGCAUGAUCAUGACCUUCAAGCCGGACAGUCCCUACGAGCCGGUCAUCGGCAUGGACGUGCGCUCCACCUCCACCGAUGCAGCCCUAGCCAAAGCCACGUCGAACCCGGACUCGGAACUGCGCCAGAAACUGAAAUCCAUGCGUCUCACGUCCGGCACGAGUAAAGGCGAGAUGUCUCUCCCGGAAUCCGCCCCGCUGGUCUAUCCCGCACUAGACGCCGCCCUGUCAGAAGGGACGGAGCUGUCCGAACCCAAACAAACCGGUCUCCGCGCCUCCGCAGGCUUCGUGGCCAACUAUCUCGACCGCCGCGCCCAGGCUUCCCACGCGGGCAUGUACCCGGACGGCAAACUCGCUGCGGCAGCGCCGGGCGAAAAGAAAUUCGCCUCUCGCUUCUCCGACCCAAACCACCCGGCCAACUCCGGCACCAUCCUCGGUCUCUUGAGCGGCGGCAACUUCGACCCUCAAGCCAAACGACGCGCCCACAAAGCCCAGCGCCGCGCACACCGCAGAGGCUACGAGUUGAGCGAGACGGAUCUCAAGAACGCAGAGAUGGGUAGGCUGCCGCGCCGCCGGCAGGGCGUGGUGCGUCGCGUCUUGCAGCAGGAUGUGCUGUACUUGACCAUCGUCAAUUUGCCGAGUGAGAGCGAGAUGAGGGAGAUGUUGCAGGAGUUGGAACGGGCUAGGAAAUAG